CAGCGCCUCGCCCGGACAUGAGGCCGCAGCAGGCAGAAGCACCCCGCCUCGGGGUCGUACGGUGGUGGCGGUCGCCGGCUGGUGCCAUCUAGAGGAGAUGGGGAUCACAAAGCACAAAACAUCCAGAGUUAGAAUUUGUUUUUUCCGACUACAUACCGAACGAUGGGCUCUAUUUGGGCUGGGCCUCUUAUCAAACUCCUUCGGAACGUGCGGGGUUUUGCCUCGCGAGGUAACCAGUACUGGUCCGAUUUUAGCCACCAGUAUAAACCCGUAUGGUCCAUUAGAUUAACCAAAAUGAAUGGCUCAGGUUUAUUUGAGGGUACCACAAAAGACAACACUUUGGCAACGACUCCAUGCUUCACACAGUCACCCCCACGUGUUCGACGUGAUGCCGAGCGCUCGGGAAGUCGACAUUCAGCUCUUCUUAGGACAUGUUCUCUCCGUCACAGUGCAUCACAGGAUUUAUCCGGUCACGCAGGAGGUGUUUCACCAAGUCGUCGAUGCAUCUGGUGCCGAUGAAGUGUACAUGACCACGAGGACUGACCAUGCCAAGGCCUUCGUUUUGUUCCGGUCGAGGCACGGCGCGUCACGAGCUCGAGUGGCCCUUCAUGGCCGCAACAUCUACGAUGGUUGCUGCCUGAUGGACAUAACAGAGGCGACGGCGAGAGCUGUUCUUCAUGUCAUUCUGAGCCACUUGCUCUAUCCGGUGAUAGGUGAAGUGCUUCACCAGGUCUUUGCUGGUCAUGGAGCUCGGGACGAGGUGUAUGUAAACAAGGCAACAUAUGUUGAGGCUCUCUUUACAUUCAGAUCAAGUCAUGCCGCAACAAGAGCUCGUGCCGCUCUUCACGGUAGCAACAUCUAUGAUGGGUGUUGCCGAAUUGAGAUUCAGUACGUGUCACUUCCUCUCAGUAACACCACUGAGACUUUACCAACACACACUGCAGCAAACCCGACUCCCUGCCCAGCCUCUGCUCUGAAGGCGGUCGCCCCCAAUGAGCAUGGUGUCGCGGUAUAUGCCAGUCCGGUGCACCACUCUGUGGUGCUGGUAGCAGAAGCCACCUCUCAGGAGUGUCCAGUCAUGGCUGAGCAGCUUGGUUCCAAUCAGGAGCUUCAUAGAAUUUCGGCGGCGUCAGAUGACAAGGAGCAAGUGCAAGUAAAAGAUGAGCUACCUGGUGCAUUAGAAGUGUUUGAUGGAACACCUGAGAAGAUAAGAAGUGGCGCGAAGCUUCACCCCCGCGUCAAGUGGGUAUCUCGAGUGCGCAUUGUGCGACGCCCUGUGCGCAUGGCCCUGAGGAGUAAGUUCCGCAAUUGUGUGACCAUGCCAUCACCACCUCCAGUGCCGCCACGCCAGCCUGAUCAGCCGGUCCAUCACUUGGAACCUUGUUCACCACCUCAGACACCUACUCUGCAUCACCCUCCAGGUCCACUCUCGGUGGUGGGAGGCGAUCUGUGCUCGAGUUCUUCUUGGGAGUCGUCCCCGGAUGUUGCAGAGAUCAGCUCCGAUGAGGAGGACUCUCCCCCUGUAGCCACGGAGCUUUGUUUUGAUGAUCAGGAGGACUUGUCCCCUGUGGCCAGGAAUUUGCAGCAGAAGGGCAUGGCUGGUACCAUUGACAAGGAUGGCGAUGACUGCGUGAUUCUAGACUACGAUCUUCAUAGCACGACCGCCAUGAAGGAUGAGAAGGAGGGGAGUGUGGGAGAUGGUGGCUCGGAUGAGGAGUUGCAGAUAGUCGCAGAGAAAGGCGAGGUAGCAUGCAGGGACUUCCCUCACCCGCGCCAUUUAUGUUCUAAUAUGCCCUUCGGCACUACCUCUCACCAGAAGCAUUGUACCAUGUGCUACUGUUUUGUAUGUGACGCCCCAGCUCCCUGCAGUUAUUGGGGUAAAGCUCUCUCGGUUGAUGACCAUUGUCAUGCUACGGAUAAGGAAAUAAAAUGGAAAACACUGAGGCAGGCAUUGAGGCAGGCAUUCAGGUGGAAAACUCUUCAUGCAUCUCAUCCAGAAAAAGAAACUGUUGUGUACCCAGCAAUGAUGUCACUCGGACGUCUUUCUCUUGGCAAUUAGAUUCCUCUUCAGAAUGUUGUGACCCAAAAACAAGAGAGGGAAGAGGUACAAGCAACUCUCACACUGCUCAAUUUUCUCACCCACUAGCACGAACUGUCAGUGCAUCAAGGGCACACCCUGUGGCAGGAGAUGGAAGAGGUACAAACAAUGCUUACACGCUCAAAUCGCUCACCAGCAUGACUGGACUUAUGUGCAAUUGAUACUCAAGGGGUGUAGCUGCUAUAUUCUAGUUGGCUGGUUUGGAAGAUUCCUGUAUGAUAUGUUUCGGUUGCUCUUAGUAUUAUUUAAAUUUUCAUCUAAGGAUGCUUGUGCUGGGUGGAGAGGUUGCUGAUUACGAGAUCUAUGGAUCAUUACUCAUCUAUUUGUUAGGAAAUUUGUUUCAUCGGCAUUGUUUUUUUUCAUCAGUGAUGUUGGGACGCAGCUUGUA